GGAUUUCCACAGCCGCUUCCACUUUCCUUUGUGACCACGACCUCCCCCGCACACAGCUACGCUGUAUGGAAAAUGACAUCUUACACUUGUCAGUAAAACGUGUGCAGGAGACAGAGCAGUUGUGCAGAGGCUUGCACUCUAAGUUGCCCAAGGUAACAAAAGUUCAACCCAGCCUGUAACAAAAAAUUGCUUAUCAAAGUCAGCAAACACUUAGACAGACUGAAUUUGUCCAGAUGAAAAAGUCUACUGACGCCACCCAAACACUGUUAAGAUCAUAAGUAGUGAGCAAAGGAGAAUGGAAUCAGAAAUCAAUGGCAGGGUGUCAGAAGUUAGGUGUAAGUGGUCAACAAAAUAAUGAGGGGAUGGACUAGUUCAUCCAUCGCUCUCUUUUUUGGAGUCCCUACGAGACUUGGGGGGGAAUCAUGAAGCUGGGGUAGAGAUGGGUGGACUGGAAGGAGUGAGUGUUACCAUCAGGGUUGCCACCCCCACUUCUCCUGGGUCCCUAAAAUCUACCAUGAUACCAUUGGUUCUUUAUCGUCCUGAUCCUGAAAGGCAUCCUGACCAGUCUGGGCCAGAGAGCGAGAACCAAUGACAGAGCUACUUCCACUGGCUUUGGCUAAAUCCUGAACAACACCUGAAAUGUGAGCUGUGGAAUCAUGCUGUCGCUCCCUCUCUUCUUUCAUUUUUUUUUCUUCUUUUUUUUUCCUUAUGUUUAAUAAGUGCCCAGCUUAGCUGGCCAAGACUGCAUCUUUUGCAACACUGCUAUGAGCCUGGAACCAGCAAGACUGCUAAAAUCAAUGCCUUAAACACCCCAAUGCUAGCACAAGUUUGCCAGGUUUCAUAGCUGCUGGUCAGACCGAGUGUGGAGCCUGUGUUUCUCUACUAGUGAGGUAGCAAGGAAAAGUUUGCACCAGACAUUAACUUCAUUGUUUAUGUCUGAUUUUUGGAAGCAAGUACUUUUUAAGUAAGAUGAAACUUGGGGGGACAGUAGUCUGGAAAAGUUGAGAGCCACUGAUCUAAAUGACUGACAAGUCUGUGUUUCCUUAUUUAAAAACUCUCAAUAGCUAAAGCGAAUGAACUUUUAAGGGGUAUUGUUAAACUAAAACUUUACUUAAAGCAAUUAAAUGUAAAGCAUUAACUGUUCUCUUUCUCUCUAAUAAAAGGUUAUAAAGUUUUGGUUUUGUAAUGGUAGCUGUUGCCAUUGAACUGAGCAGGCUGAGAUCUUUGUACCCAAAACCUCAAACCAUGUUUGACUGUUUAGUGUUCUACAGUGACAGGGUCAUGUUAACUAACAUCUGACUUUCUGGGCCCACUUAUUAUGGAAUAAGUGGGCUUGGCACAUGGCCCUCAGCUGUGAAACUAGUACCAGAAUUGAUCAGGAUGAGCACAAAGCACAGCACGUGCAGCUCAAACUGCAUAAGCCUCUCCUUCACUCUAGCUGUGCCUUCUUAGCACCAACAAACCCCAGAACUAACCCCUCUCCUGAGAGGAGUCGCUCUGUCAAGAUGGUCCCUAAACCCGGCUCUUUGCAUUUUGUGGAUGGUGCCUGGCCUGAGGGUGGGGGAAGGUUCCAAAAAGGACAGUACCUGGAGCAGACACUUUGGCUGGCCUGACUAGAUCGAGAGGGAAGAACUGAAGGCUGUAGCACUAAAGCAAAAGCUUAUAUUUUUAACAGCUUUUUUUCUUGUCUGCUUUAUUUUCUUGUUAUAUGGCAGCUUCGUUACUGGAGGUUUGCAACCAUGGUGGCCCUUCAGUAUGAUCCUCUGCUAAUCUUUGGAUGAGUCCUUUUGAUCCACCCAGAAUACCACAUCAUCCAUGCAAGAUCUUCUUUUUCUGCUAUCAACUUUCCCUUCCACUGCCCCUACCAGGAGAAAAUGCCAUCUAAGUACUUUCAGGAACGCAACAAACGGAAGUUCUCGGAUUCCCUUAACAGCCAGCGCUGGAGAUUCUUGAAAAGUGGCCUGGAUGAUUUCAGAAGCGGCUUCCCUCCACCAUCUGACAACAUCUUCAUCUGUGGCACAAAGGGGCCUGUACCAAUUGUUCUGCGUAAUCCCGCAUCUGAUGCUCCACACAUGGUCCUGCAGAAGGGAAGGAAAAAGUGCACCAAAACCCAAGUCAGCCCUUCCAAGCUCAGUCCAUUGCAGAAAUCCAGGCGGGAUCACAUUGCACAGACAGAAUACUGCCUGAUCCAGCACCCCCUAGCACUCUACCCUCAUCUUGGAGAAAGCAUCCCUCCAGAGCUUUUCAAAGAGGUUGUGUGCAUCCUGGAUCCUGAGAUGUGCUUGAAUAGGGAAGGUGGAUAUGAGGAUUGUGACCAGGCGAGCCACACUCUUCAGCAAGUGCUGUAUCAGCUGGAGGAUGGGAAAAGUAAAGAAGCAUGUCCCAGGCUAUCAGCACUUAGCAAAGAGUCCAAAGACAAGAAUCCGCAGUGCACCUACCUGUCCAAGCAAGAGGUAGCAACAAGGGAAAAGGAGGCCAGUCUGGGCUACAUUCCUCCCCUGGAUGAGAACGUAAGGCGAGUGACUAAGGAGUUUUGUGACUGGAUGGCUUCUUUGGGAGGAGAAAAAUACAAAGUGGAUGAAGCCACCAUUCUGAGCUUGUUUGAUACUGGAUAUGAAACCAAGCUGGUGCUGUCUGUGCCAAUCCAUGUUGUGGAACUAAACAACGUGCCAGCAGAGCUGAGAAAGUAUGUGGGUGUUUCACCUCCACCGACUGCUGUCAAGAGUCCUCUUCGUACCAGGUGCCAUCCAUGCCUUGACAAGGGUCCAUCCCAACCAAAAUGGGAGAAGAUCAGGUAUGGAGCCUGGUACCUUGAACCAAAAACAUGGAGAAAACAGAGAGCAAACGAACCUUUAGAGGAUCCAAACACAGCAGUUGAUGCCUUUCAGAAUUUAAGGAACCAGUUUGGUGAAAAGGAGGCAGAGCUCAUGCAGCUCCAUGGAACCCACGCUUUUAAGGAAUUCCUCGAAAGGAAGGGCUACCGGAAGCCUGAGUUCCUUCUGCGGAUGCUGGCUGCAGGGGAUGCUAAUGGAGCACAAGAGCGGACUUCAAAGGGCUACAAGAAAGAGUCUCUGAAGAGACCUGAGGGGAUCAGAGAAGGAUCUUCCUCCACAAUUGUUAAUUAACACAGAGUUUGGACUUUAUUCACAAGAAACAGAAGAACUCAUGAAGCUGCUCCUGGAAGCGCCCGUAAUAGUCAUCUCGAAGAUAGGUUGAUUGUUUCCUUCUUUAGAAAUUCUAGUCAAAUAUAGUUUAAAGAGAACUACUUGAAUUAAUGAAUUCCAGGCACAUUCCAGCUGUCGUGGCUGCUCAGCCACAGUAAAAGCUGGCUGGGACACCCGGUUACGUUCGAGAGAUUUCAGCUCAAUUUUGCUGCACUAAUUUGGUUAAGAAUCAUGGUCUGGUUUGUUACUUGCAAAGUACUCAUUGCUGUACCAAGCAGAAGGAAGUUGUCCUCUCCUGCAAGGAGCUUGCAAUCCAGCAACUAGAUUAUUUCUUUAGGUGCAUAAAUGUUACCAAUCUAGGUACCCCCAAGAGGCAUAGUGUCUCAAACCAAGUCUACGCUAGACAAGGUUUGCCUUCAGAGGAAACCCUCCCAGUGCUCUUGGCAGUGUAGCUUCUACUGUUCCCCAAGUGAAAUAAGUUGUACGCAAAAACACUUUUAGGACCCUGUCUACGCUAUGGCUUCUACUGGUAUAGAAAUUCAUUUUAAAAGAAAAAUCACCCCCUUUAACCAAUGUUGUUAUAUCAGCAAGAGUUCUAGUGUAGACCUGGCCUCAGAGGCAGAAUUUCUGCCCUGCUUACUGUUUGCAUCAGGCAUAGGUGUGGGAAAUAAGGGUGCAGGGGGUGCUGCAGCACCCCCAAGUUUUGUGCCUGGCCCCUGGCCUCACACCUCUGCCGCCCACCAUCCCAGCCACUGGCCCCUGCCACCCACCAUCCCAGCCUCCGUCCCCUCUGCUGCCCGGGGGCUCCACUGCCAGCCCCGGGUCCCGCUCAGCCACUUGCUCCAGGUCCUGCUCAGCCACAGGCCCCAUGCCCAGGGGCUCGGCUGCUGGUGCCAAGGUCCCACCCGGCCACCAGCCCCGGAUGCAGGGUCCUGGCCACUGGACCCAAGGUCGUGUCCCCCAAUCCCUGGAUCCUAGCCACUGGUCCCUGGCCGCUGGCCUCGCAUGAGAGGUCCUGGCUGCCGGCCCCACGUCUGGGGCUCCACACCCGCCUCUAGCUGGGGCCUCAGCUUCUGCUCCUUAUCCCUGUCUGUGUCCCCUCUUCCCAGAGCCACAGCCCUGCUCCCCGGACCCAGCUCUAGGGGGCAGUAAGGGGUAUGGACAGGGGUAAGAGAGGUGCAGCUCAGCACCCCCACUCCAAAAACUGUUCCGGCACCACUGGCACCAGAAGGAGGGGGAGGUAGAAAUUUGUUGCUGGCCUAUAUAUCUGCAGCUCUGCACUACCUCUUGUGUUUUACAGGCACCUUCGAGGGAAGCAGAGGAGGGAAAAUGAAGGAGGAAGGAAUAAUUUUGUGAGGGGAAGAAAGCUGGAAGAGCAGUGUAACUGGCUGAAGGGAGCUCUGGGGACAGAGCUGAAUGCAGAAUGUGCAUUACAUUGUAGCCCCUUAAUGUGUUUUUUCCUUGCAGAUUUUUACUGUCAUCUGGCCUGGCCAGCCUUGGUUGAUCCCUGUUGUCCACACUUAGUUCGCUGCAGUCUGGCAGCAUUUUUGAGGAGCAGGGCCCUGUUCAGUUCAUCUGGAUGUACAUUUCAGUCUUUACUGCAGAUUGUCCAGCCAGCCCUGCUUCCAGCUUUGGAAUAAACGUAGAUUUCCCUUUACUAAAAGGGUCUC